AUGUCCACCAACGCGGUUUUCCUCUCUCUGGCCCCGGCCACCUCUGCCUCAUACCCCCAAGCACCGGCCAGCCGGGCCGCACCCAAAGAGCGGGAGGCAUCAGCAGCGCCAGCAGAGCCGACCCGGCGACGGUCGUCGAGCUCCAGCAGCAGAGGGCACAGAAUCCUCAAGCUCGGUCCUGUGCACUGGGGCGAGCACCUCGACGAGCACAAGGAGGACUAUCACGACAUCAGCAUCGUGUAG